AUGAGCUCACUGAACUACUCCUCCCCUGCUAAAGAAGAGGAGGACUGCUGGACGGAGAAAGAAGCUCUGGGACUGAACAUUGUCAUGGAAGAGGAGGCUGUUACACGUUUUAACGAUUUGGGGAAGCUGAAAAGACACGAGAGAAUACACAGAGGGGAGAAGCCUUACCACUGCUCCCAGUGUGGAAAGGGUUGUAACGAUUUGGGGAAGCUGAAAAGACACGAGAGAAUACACACAGGGGAGAAGCCUUACCACUGCUCCCACUGCGGAAAGCGUUUUAACGAUUUGUGGAAGGUGAAACAACACGAGAGAAUACACACAGGGGAGAAGCCUUACCACUGCACCCACUGUGGAAAGUGUUUCAACCAGUCAGGGGAGCUGAAACGGCAUGAGAGAAUGCACACAGGGGAGAAGCCUUACCAAUGCUCCCAGUGUGGAAAGGGUUGUAACGAUUUGGGGAAGCUGAAACGACACCAGAGAAUACACACAGGGGAGAAGCCUUACCACUGCUCGCAAUGUGAAAAGAUGUAUAGCGAGAAAGGACACCUGAAAGCUCACGAGAAAAUUCACACAGGGGAGAAGCCAUACCAAUGCUCCCAGUGUGGAAAGUGUUUCGCCUGGGCAGGGGAUCUGAAAAAACACGAAAGAAUACACACAGGGGAGAAGCCUUACCCCUGCUCCCAGUGUGGCAAGUGUUUCAACGGGACAGGGGACCUGAAAAACACAAAAGAAUACACACAGGGGAGAAGCCUUACCCCUGCUCCCAGUGUGGCAAGUGUUUUAACCAGUUAG